AUGCUGCCGCCGGGGCGCAACGGCUCCGCGUACCGGGCGCGGUUCGGGCAGCAGCAGCGGGCGCCGCGGGGCGCCGCGGGGGGCGCGGAGGGGGCGGCGCCGCUGGGGCCCGCGCAGGUGGUCACCGCCGGCCUCCUGACCCUGCUCAUCGUCUGGACCCUGCUGGGCAACGUGCUGGUGUGCGCGGCCAUCGUGCGCAGCCGCCACCUGCGCGCCAAGAUGACCAACGUCUUCAUCGUGUCUCUGGCCGUGUCCGACCUCUUCGUGGCGCUGCUGGUCAUGCCCUGGAAGGCGGUGGCCGAGGUGGCCGGAUACUGGCCCUUUGGGGCCUUCUGCGACAUCUGGGUGGCCUUCGACAUCAUGUGCUCCACCGCCUCCAUCCUGAACCUGUGCGUCAUCAGCGUGGACCGCUACUGGGCCAUCUCCAGGCCCUUCCGCUAUGAGCGCAAGAUGACCCAGCGUGUGGCGUUGGUCAUGGUCGGCCUGGCCUGGACCUUGUCCAUUCUCAUCUCCUUCAUCCCGGUUCAACUGCAUUGGCACAGGGACAAGGCGGACCCCUGGGGCGGCGUGGAGCCGCCCUCGGUCCUGGCCAACGGGACGCCCUGGGAGGACGCCGGGGAGCCAGAGGCGAGGGCGGAAAACUGUGACUCCAGCCUGAACCGCACAUACGCAAUCUCCUCGUCGCUCAUCAGCUUCUACAUCCCCGUGGCCAUCAUGAUCGUGACCUACACGCGCAUCUACCGCAUCGCCCAGGUGCAGAUCCGCAGGAUUUCCUCCCUGGAGCGCGCCGCGGAGCACGCGCAGAGCUGCCGCAGCCGCGCAGCCUGUGCCCCUGACACCAGCCUGCGGGCAUCCAUCAAGAAGGAGACCAAAGUCCUCAAGACCCUGUCGGUGAUCAUGGGGGUCUUCGUGUGCUGCUGGCUGCCCUUCUUCAUCCUUAACUGCAUGGUCCCCUUCUGCAGCGGACGCCCCGAGGGUCCUCGGGCGGGCCUCCCCUGCGUCAGCGAGACCACCUUCGACGUCUUCGUCUGGUUCGGCUGGGCCAACUCGUCGCUCAACCCGGUCAUCUACGCCUUCAACGCUGACUUCCGGAAGGUGUUUGCGCAGCUGCUGGGGUGCAGCCACCUGUGCGCCCGCACACCCGUGGAGACAGUGAACAUCAGCAAUGAGCUCAUCUCCUACAACCAGGACACCGUCCUCCACAAGGAGAUCGCAGCUGCCUACAUCCAUAUGAUCCCCAAUGCCGUGACCCCGGGGGACGGGGAGGUGGACAAGCAGGAGGAGAGCCCUUUCGACCGCAUGUCCCGGAUCUCUCAGGCGUCCCCCGAUGGUGACCCUGCUGCCGAGUCCCUCUGGGAGCUGGACUGCGAGGGGGAGAUUUCGUUGGGCAAAAUAACACCUUUCACCCCAAACGGAAUCCAUUAAACUGCCUAAGAAGCGCCCCUCCUGGAUCUACAUGACUGCACAGACACUAACCAGCAUGCGGAAUACACACUCACAGAUACGUCUCCAGUGCUGCUCAGUUGAUCACAUUUUCUGUGUCUGUGUCUGUAGUCGCCCGUGUGCUGAGAAGCCUCACCAGACUGAUUUGCUGUUUGAAGAAUUGGCAGAAGUGUUUGACAUAAACUCAGUCAAAUAUACCCCAGUCCAGCAGAAAUGGACCAAGGGUUCGGUUAGAGAAGAGAAGGUGGUGUUUGAUUAAAAAAAAAAAAAAAUAGCAGUUGGUCUUUAAAAAAUAUGCCCUCCCCUCCCUUUUAAACAAAUGGAUUGAUCAGUGACUUAUUUUUGUUCAGUUGAUUUUUAGACAACAGGUUCUAUGUGUGUGUUGCGCUGAUGGGGUGUGUGUGUGUGGCUUUCCUGUAUCCAGCUUCCUGUGGCCCUUUGUUUAUGCAAUUUCUGCUCUCUGUGUGUGUCUUUACAACAGCUGAGCAACUCUUUCUGAUUUGUUCUGGUGUCUAAUAAACACAAA